UUUCGAAAGUUCAAUUUCGCAUGGCGGACGUAUAGGAGGACUCUGUUAUUUGUUGGUGAUAAUUUUAAUAAAUUACUUAUUUUGGUUCCCUAUGGAAAGACUACUUCUGUUGCUGUUAUUUCUUUGUGGACGUGCAUUGUUUAUUCCUUAAUAUUAGAUGAUGCUAAAGUGUUGUUUAUAGUUGCAAUUGUGAGAACUGCAUAGUUUUUCUUAAAAAUGGGAAAAUGUGACGAAGCUAAUGUCGAAGUUAGCAUGGGGGACUCGGCGUCCCCCAUGAAACCUGAUAAUUUCACGUUUACCGUGCCGCCAGAGGCUCCCGUCUUUGAGCCGACGCCAGAGGAGUUCCUAGACCCUCUGGCAUACAUUAGUAAAAUAAGACCAAUCGCCGAGAAGUCGGGAAUAUGCAAGAUAAAACCACCUGCUCAUUGGCAGCCUCCAUUUGCAGUGGACGUGGACAAGUUACGAUUCACACCUCGGAUACAAAGGUUGAACGAAUUAGAGGCUAUAACACGAGUGAAAUUAAAUUUUCUGGAUCAAAUUAUCAAGUUUUGGGAGUUACAAGGGUCUGUACUCAAGAUACCGACGGUGGAACGGAAGCCACUCGAUCUGUAUGCCUUACAUAAAAUAGUCAGAGAAGCUGGUGGCUUCGAAGUGUGUUCAGCAGAUCGGAAAUGGUCGAAGAUAGCGCGGCGCAUGGGCCACCCGCAGGGCAAGGGCAUUGGUUCCAUACUGAAAAGCCACUACGAGAGGAUAUUGUACCCUUACGACGUGUUCAAGAGCAGCGGUGUUGUCGGUGACAACAAGGAGACUAAAAUCGAAGUGAAACGGGAACAGACCCCGGAGAAGGGCACAACCAACGGCCGCAACCGGUCAGCCACCAAGUGCCCGCCCGCCGCGGCCGCGACCCCGCCCCCGGCGCGCCGCUACAAGACGUCGGAGCCCGAGCCGCAGGCUGAGGGCAGCCACACGGAGGGCGCACUGGCCGGCGCUGAAGACGAAAAGAAAAAUGUCAUGAAGACACCUAUCAAGGAGGAGAAUUUGGAAACUAGGAGAAGCCCCCGCGAGAACAAGUGGAUGUCGGCGGCGGGCAGCUGCGGCGCGCGCAGCCGCGGCUCGCGGGCCACGCGGUCGUCGCGGCUGCGCGAGCACCGCCUGUCCAACAUGACCGUGUCCGUCGCGCCCGCGCCCGCCGCGGCCGCCGCCGGCGCCGCGCGCCACGACGACCCGCUGGCGAAGUACAUGUGCCACGUGUGCGGCCGCGGUGACAUCGAGGAGCAGAUGCUGCUGUGCGACGGCUGCGACGACUCGUACCACACGUUCUGCCUCGUGCCGCCGCUCGCCGACGUGCCCAAGGGCGACUGGCGGUGCCCCGUCUGCAUCGCCGAGGAGGUGUCGAAGCCCGCGGAGGCGUUCGGUUUCGAGCAGGCGUCCCGCGAAUACACGCUGCAGCAGUUCGGCGAGAUGGCCGACCAGUUCAAGUCGGACUAUUUCAACAUGCCCGUACACAUGGUGCCGACGUCUACGGUGGAGAAGGAGUUCUGGCGCAUCGUGUCGUCCAUCGACGAGGACGUGACCGUCGAGUAUGGUGCCGACCUGCACUCCAUGGACCAUGGUUCCGGGUUUCCAACAAAAGCGAGCGCUCACUUGUAUCCUGGGGAGCAACAGUAUGUGGAGUCGAGCUGGAAUCUAAACAACUUACCAGUGCUCGAGGGUUCCGUACUAGGACAUAUCAAUGCUGACAUAUCAGGAAUGAAGAUCCCUUGGCUGUAUGUGGGCAUGUGCUUCGCGACCUUCUGCUGGCACAACGAGGACCACUGGAGCUACUCCAUCAACUACAUGCACUGGGGCGAGCCCAAGACCUGGUAUGGUGUUCCGAGUUCGAAAGCGGAGCAGUUCGAGGCAGCGAUGAAGGCGGAAGCGCCGGAGCUGUUCCAAUUGCAGCCCGACCUGCUGCACCAGCUCGUCACCAUCAUGAACCCCAAUGUGCUGAUGAAGGCAGGGGUACCGGUAUAUAGAACUGACCAGCACGCCGGCGAGUUUGUGAUCACGUUCCCGAGGGCCUACCACGCCGGCUUCAACCAGGGAUAUAAUUUUGCUGAGGCUGUCAACUUCACCCCAGCCGAUUGGCUGAAGAUGGGCCGCGAGUGCAUCGGGCAUUACUCGACGCUGCGGCGGUACUGCGUGUUCUCGCACGACGAGCUGGUGUGUAAAAUGGCGCUGGAGGCGGACACGCUGAGCGUGAGCGUGGCGCUGGCCGCCUACCGCGACAUGCGCACCAUGCUGCACGACGAGCGCAAGCUGCGCAAGAGCCUGCUGGACUGGGGCGUGACGGAGGCGGAGCGCGAGGCGUUCGAGCUGCUGCCGGACGACGAGCGGCAGUGCCAGGUGUGCAACACGACGUGCUUCCUGUCGUGCGUGUCGUGCGCGUGCUCGCCGCGCGUCGCCUGCCUGCGCCACUACGCGCUGCUGUGUCGCUGCCCGCCCGCCGCACACCGCCUCAGAUAUCGUUACACGUUGGACGAACUGCCAGCCAUGCUGGAGAAACUGAAGAAGAAGUCGGACGAGUUCCGCGAGUGGGCGGAGGCUGUCCAGAACGCUUUGGACCCCGACACGCCCAAGACCUGUGAUUUGGACGGUCUCAGAGCGUAUUUGAAACGAGCACACGAUUUGAAGAUGCACAAGACGGAGCUGGUGCGCGCGCUGGAGACGGGCAUCGAGGACGCGGAGAAGUGCGCGUCCGUGAUCGCGCAGCUCGACCUCAACAAGAUGCGCACGCGCACGCGCCACCACGACCCCAAGUACCGCCUCACGCUGCACGAGCUCACGCUCUUCGCCGCCGAGAUCGACGGGCUCGCCUGCGUGCUGCCGGAGGGUUCAGCGGUAAAAGAGGUACUACGACAAACAUCAGAGUUCGAGAGUCGAGCCACGGAUCUCCUCAACCAAGACUUGGAAAAGACUGAUUUAAGUUGCAUAAAAAAACCUGUCCAGGUGGUGGAGCUGGGCUCGCAGCUGUGCAUCGUACUGCCGCAGCUGCCGGCGCUGCAGGCGCGGUUACAGCAGGUUAAGUUUCUCGAGGAGGUGCGCUCCUACCGCGAGGAUUGUUCCACGCUCACGCCCGAAGUCAUCGACCGCCUGCUGCAGGAGGCCGCCUCCGUGGUUCCACACCACAGGGUCGAGACCGAGCGCGCCAUGCUCUACAAGCUCAAAGGCCAAGUGGAGGAGUGGGAGAGCCGCGCGCGCGCGGUGCUGGUGGAGGCGGGCGGUGCUGGUGCCGGUGCUGGCGCCGGUGCUGGUGGCGGCGGGGAGGGCGCGGCGCAGUACAGCACGCUGGGCGAGCUGGCGGCGCUGCUGGCGGCGGCCGACGACGUGGACGCCGCGCUGCCCUCGCGCCACGCCCUCGCCGCCGCCGUCAGCCACGCGCGCGACUGGCUCGCCAAGGUGGAAGAGAUGCAGUCCAAAGACUUAUACCCCUAUAUGCAUAGUGUGGAAGUGUUAGUGAAGCGAAGUCAAUCUAUUCCAUUGAAUUUAUACGAGAAAGAUCAACUCGCGGCUGCGUUGAUGUCUGCAAAGGAAUGGAAAAGAGGAGCCGCUGAAAUGUUCCUAAAAAAGAGCUGGCCGUACUCGCUGCUAGAAGCUCUAUCGCCGCGGACGGAGAGCACGUGGACGCCGCGGCGGCGCGGGCGCGGCACGACCGGCGCGGCCGGCGCGGCCGGCGGCGAGCCCGCGCCGUCGUCGCUGGAGGCCGACCAGUUCCUGCGCAACUUCAGCGAGGACUCCACGCCCACCGAGAUCGUCGCCGCCUUCAAGCAGGCCGAGCACCGCGAGCUCGCCGCCAUCAAGGAGCUCAGAGCACGGAACAUGCGAAAGGAAGUCCGCGCGUCGCCUACGAGUGCGGCGAGCGGCGCGGCCGCAGCGGUCACGUUUUGCCUGUGCCAGAAGCGGCAGUACGGCGUCAUGACGCAGUGUGAGCUCUGCAAGGACUGGUUUCACGCGUCGUGCAUCGCGGCGGCCAAGGAGGAGCGUGAGGAGUCGCCCGAGCGUGAGCGGGAGCGGGUGGAACCGAAGUUCCUGUGCCCCGACUGCGUGCGCACCAAGCGGCCGCGGCUCGACCGCAUCCUCGCACUACUGGUGUGGCUGCAGAAGCUGCCGGUGCGGCUGGCGGAGGGCGAGGCGCUGCAGUGCGUGACGGAACGCGCCAUGGCGUGGCAGGACGCCGCGCGCGCCGCGCUCGCCGCGCCCGCGCUCGCCUGCCUGCCCGGCACGCCCGACACGCCCGGCCCGCCCGACCCGCCGCCCGCGCACGCGCAGACAAACAGAGAAAAAGCGGACAAAUUAAAUGCCGAAUUAAAGAAGGCCACAGGACGAGCACAGGACUCUCACAGUAUGUCACAAAAUCCCAGGUCGUCUGCGAGCGUGGAGCACGCGUACAGCGCCACGCCGCGAUCGCCGGCCGCGCGGCUGCCGCCCGCGCUGCUGCACAAGCUCGAGGACCUCAUGCUCGAGGGCGACCUGCUUGAGGUGCGGCUGGAGGAGCAGGCGCAGGUGUGGGCGGCGGUGUGGGCGGCGCGCGCGGCGGAGGGCCGGCGCGGCGCGCGCGUGCUGGACGCGGGCCGCCGCAAGCGCCCGCAGCGCGCCGCGCGCCCGCACCACCCGCUCAAGCGCACGCGCCCGCCGCACCACCAGCACCAGCACCACCAGCACCACCAGCACCACCAGCACGCAGCGACAGCGGCACCAAAGACGACAUUAAAACGCGGUUCCGCAACCACGACGAAUUAUCUAAACAGAAAACAGGGUGUGUCGUCGGGCUCCGGCCUGAUGAUGCGGAAGCACUACAUGGCGCGACAGGAGCGCCGCAAACGAGGACUCGCAGCCUCCACCAGGGGUAAACACGCGCGACAGUCCAGGCUGGGUGGCGGCGCUGGUAAUACUGGUCGGCGGCGAGCAGCGACGGCGGCGGCGGCAGCGGCGGCCGAGCGUCGCAGCAGCAGCUCGUCGCCGUCGUCCGCGGAGGAUGACGAGGACUGCGCGGCCGCAGACUGCUUACGGCCCACCGGCAAGGUGGACUGGGUGCAGUGCGACGGCGGGUGCGACCAGUGGUUCCACAUGCACUGCGUGGGGCUGAGCCGCGGUGCGCUGCGCGAGGACGACGACUACGUGUGCGGCGCGUGCGGCCCGCGCGGCCCCCCGCGGCCGCCGCCGCAGCCGCACUAGCGCCGCCGCCGCGACCGGCCCGGUGCACUGCUGUACCCCCCGCGCAUCGAUAUACGAACAUCCCACAUUCACUGUCCCCUACAAAAUUUGCACUUAAAACUGUCACUAAUGUAAUGUAAUGUAGGUAUCGGUGCCAUGAGUGGAGUCGAAAAUUGUUUUUCAUUCGUGAUACAGUUUAUGAAUUAUUGUAACUUGAAAGAUAUGGAACUUUGUCCUUCCGAUGUUAGGGACGUUACGUUUUGCGUUAAGACAUAUAGAGGGCAUUUGUCAAACAUCACUUAUUGGUUAGAAGCGAGUGCACGAUCUGCUUGUAUGCGAUCUAUUUUCAAUGUCGCUUGUUAGUGGCUUAAUAUUUAUCUUGAGUUUUUUUAAUAUCGAUGAUCUCAAGAUUAAUUUGUACGUCGGAAUUAGGCACAUUAUAUGGUCUUACUUCUAGAAUUGUUAAGAUCGUUGUACACAUACCCGCAAUAGAGUAAUAUGGAAACAUCAUACAGUUUUUAAUGACAAAUUACAUGAUACAUUGUUAUUCAGCCAUCCAGUGUGUUGCCCUAUAUGAAAAAUUACAUAUUAUUACCAGUGACAAUUAGAGAUAUAUUUAUAUAAUAAACUGUAAAUGUAUAACGUACUGAUUAACUGAAGUUAAAUAAAUGAGAAAUAAAGGAAAUUGACUUUUAAAUAAAAAUGGUUUUUAUAAAUACACUAUAGCUGGUCGCGAUAUCUUGGUUCGUAUGUUUAAAUAUGAUAAAAUGGCCAAGUUGUUUACUGUCUGUGUAUGAAGCGUCCCAUUAGUAAUUAGUAAACGUGUAAACAGAAUUGUUACACUCUUUCCAUGGGUCAAGUACUGAUUUGGGGAGUUGAAAUCUACAAAAAGUCAAUUUGACAUUUUAAAUUUGAUUAUAACCACUAUCAAGGGAUUAUUAUUAUAAAUAAUGACAGAUAUUGUAUCUACAUUUUAAUGAAAGAGAAAAAAAAAACGAGUAAAAGUGCCAGUUGCAAUGCAAAUUCUGGAACAUUCAUUUGGAUCAUUGUGAAAUACAUUGAAUAUGGAUUUUUUUGGAUUUCAAUUUUAUGGACCUUUGACAUUGAUGCUUUUAUAACGUGUUCUAUAUAUGUAUAUGUAAAAAUCGAUCCUGAUUGACUGACUAAUUCAUAUAUCAACGUACAGCUGAAACUGCUGGUUUUUAAAUAAAAUUGAAAAUAAAGCAGAUCGGUUCUUUAUAUAGUUUAGGUGAACAAUAUGAAUUUUGAUAAUUCAACCCCUAAGGGGUUAAAAAUGAGGGUUGCAAUUUUGUAUAGAAUUUUGUCACUAGAAGUUAAAAUAAAUACUUUAAAUUUUAAUAUAAGGUUUUUUGUUCAAAACAAAAAUUAAUAUGUUUAUUGACUUUUAAAAUAUUCACCCCUAAAGAGGUAAAAAAAUUGUAUGGGAGUUAUAAUUGAGGGUAGAAGUACAAUACUUUAGUUUUGAAUUUUUCAUAUUAAAAAUAAAAUAUUUUUCAGCAUUUUUGGAGAUUUCACCCCUAAAGAGAUGAAAUGCGGGAUGAAAAUUUGUAUAGAAAUUCUGUUAUUUUUGUACUUAAAAGUAUGAAAAUUUGUUUUUUGACUUUUAAUUAAAAACAAAACUUUUUUAACAGCUUUUAGAAAUUCCAUACCUUGGCGGAGUGAAAUGGGGGCGAUUUGGUUUACGUGUAAAUUUGUUAGUUGCAAUAUUUACAAUUGACUUUUGAGUCUUCCCUCUGAGGGAGUCAAGUAGAGAAUGUAACUUUGCAUGGAAGUCUGGUAUUAUGUCAGCUAGAAAUUAUAUAAUUAAUUAUUGUCUUAUUUUUAAAACUUUCAACUUUGAUAUAAAAUUGGGGUUUGCAAUAUAAUUGAACUCCAUGCGGACAAAGUUAUUUUCGCAUAUGGGGUCAGCUAAGCCGUUGCACGUCGACCCAUACGGAUCUUUUGUGCUUCCCCCUGCCUUAUACCAUCAUUUCAUAGAUCCUAUGUGUUACCUUAACGAUAUCCCGCGGUUUAAGAUAUCUGUAGUCCCUUGGAAAGAACUACUAUGAAUAUUUCGUUUGAAUAUGUUACUAGUAAUAGCUAUUAUCAAUAUUUUGUAAUACUGAGACGGGAAAUUCCCGAUUUCCGUUUGAAAUAAAACACCACAUGCAAGCAAAGCCGUGGGACAUAAUGAUAUAGAAAUAAAAAUACUUUGCAGAACUGCCCAAAUUUUGCUUUGACAAAUUUAACAUUGUGACAGGGAAUAGGUGAUUUGGAAUGUACAAAAAUGUAUGAAUAACAUAGAAUAAUGAUAUAUUAUUCAUAGCGAUAUCGUACCAGGGUGUUGGGCCAGCGACUACAUCCAUACAUGAUAGACAAAAGACACUCGCGUACAAAUAAGUUUGAUGUAUGAAAACCUGCAAUGGAUUGCCCGCCAAUUAUUUUCUCUCUAACUGCACUGGGUUGGCUGGAAGAGAUCUCUUUUAGAGAUAAGCCCUCCCUUGCUAACAAGUUGUUAAACUAAUCGCUGUAUCUAUUAAGUGCAAUAGUUAUUUAUUGUACUAAAACAUACAGUAAUAACAAUAAGUUAAUAACAAAGUUAGUAAAGGCGAACUUAUCUGUAAAAGAGAUUUCUUCCAGUCAACCUAACGCAGUGUCAUAGGAAAUAGUAGGCAGUACUAGUGCUAAACUAAAAUAAGUAUUUUUUAUAAAUUUAUAUAUAUAUAUAUAAAUUUGCCAACUCUUACCUUGAACCGUUCACGUAAGAGUUGGCAAACUGUUCACUCAAGAUGGUGUGAUCACGUGUCGUGUUGUAAUAAAAAAAAAUCUAAGAUGUCCUAAAAAAAUAAGAAAGAAGGUAGAAAAUAUUUAAGCUGUACGUUGAUAAAUCAGACAACGAGAAUAAGUUAUUUAUAAUAUAGAUGAAAUAAAAAAAAAUUACCAUCAAUCAAUCAGUCAGUCUAUCAAUCAGUCAGUCAAUCAGUCAAUCAUUUUGCAAAAACAUUGCAAUUAUUAUGAAACAAAUGCCAGGUAAAUAACAAGUACAUUGUUUGCUUAUAUAAUAUAUACAGAAGGCAUACAAAUUUAUUUACAUAAAUAAAAAAAUAAAAAAAAUAACUAUUAAGAGCAAAAUCAAGUGAAACAUCAGCAUAAGUUAUCCGUUACCUUAUUACCAACAUACAAAAACUAAACAUUCAAAGUAGUGCAAUUUAAAAGAGUUUUUAAGUCUUUGAAAUAGAGUUGAUUUCAGAUUACUUUUAUUUAUUCAUUGUCAGCGUAGCUGCCAGUCAGCAUGUAAUGCGAUAAAGUUAAUCCAUUAAGGAGCGUACCAUUUGAAAUACUGUUUUACGGUAAAAAUAAAUAAAUUUGAAAAAUAUUUUUUAUUCAAGUAAACUUGAUUAGAGGUAUUUUUGUAUAGUAAUUUUUUUUAUGAAUCCUAUAGCCCAUGUUCGCAUUGAAAUGAAAUGUCAGCCAAAAAGAACGAGCAGGAAGCUCGGUUGUUGCUUUUUUUCAAACAAAAGUUUAUUUAAAAUAAAUGUAUGGAAAACUACGAUCAAUCGUAGUAUUUUUUUAAAAGAACAGCCCCUACAAGAGGCAUCCGUUCAUCUUGCUAGAAUUUGCAUUAAAAUCUAUAUUUAAAGUACAUACUGUUUGCAGGGAAACUAGAACGAAAAUCGUUCAAGUUGUACAAAAUAAUUUGUACUAAUGUAUUCUUCGUGUACAAUAAACUAUAAAUAAAUAAAUACAUACAUAAUUUUGUGUAUCACAUUCGAUUCAUGCUCGAUUGAUUACGUCUUUACCUUAAUAAACACAUGAUAAUAUUAAUUAACUAAUUUAUUAAAUAUACAAAAUCGGUGAAGUCCUUAGUGGAUAUAAAACAAAGAAAAAUAUUAAAGAUAAUUGUUUUAUUAGUUAAUUUGAUUAAAUUGAAUAUUGUUGCCACCUGGUUGGUACCUAAUAAUCCAUUAUACACAACCGGAAGCAAUGUUUAUAAUUACUUUUUUAUUUAGUAAACGGUUUCAAUUGAUUUUAAAAUUUAAUUCCCCUAAAAAGGCGAUGUUGUAUAAUGAAUUAACAAAAAAUAAAAAUAUUCCAGUUAUUUAUUUUACGCACUGUACUUUCCAUAAAAAUAAAAAGGCAAAAAUAUAAAAAAUCCAAACAUAUGGAAUCAUCAUCCAAAAUCUAUCAAAAAUCAAAAUAUAUAGAAGCGAGGAUCGCGUGGACAGUUCCUUUACCCGUAUCUUAAUUAGUUAUUUCACGGGUACCCUGGUUGACGUGAAAUUAGACGAAAGGUACACGAUUCCAAGAACUCAUCAAGUCAGUUCAUUUUAAACUUUCGCGUUGUUGACACGUAUUUUAAAUGCACUGUCUGGACUUAAUGCGCAGAAAAAAUUUUCAAGUUUCAAGCUAUUUACCUGAAAAUUUCUCUUAACUUUUAACUUAACCAGAUAUAAAAGCUUUUACAGGUAAAUAGUACAUACACUAUCUGCUUUUUUGUGUCACGCUCGACGUGGAUUGAUCCACGUGGUCACUACAGGACUGAGGGUACCCGAAUAUAUUGCGCGAGCAGCCAGACGAAAACGCCGCUUACUUCAGUCCUUUCGUGACCACCACGUGGGUUACACGCACCUUGUGCAAUCCACGUCGAAAUAUCGGCAUAAAAGAAACAGAUAUGUAUAUACUAUUUACUUGUAAAUUUGUCCAUUAAACGCGAUGAGUCCCAAUGGUGUAUCUAAAACUCUCAAAUUCUUUUUAGGUGUCACCGUUCAUUACAUUCUCAAGGUUUCCUCAAUCGAUAGUGUAAAAAAAUCCCAUUAUACUUUUACUUUUGUACUUGUCACUUACUAAUGAUAAUAAAAUGCUUGUGUAAAAUGUAUCACGCCGCCUCGGUUCGGAGGUGUCAUUUAUCUAAUCCUAUCUCUUAAUCUAAUAUUUUAUUUAUUUAUUUGGAAGACCAACAUCUUUUCCAACAGUAACAGUAAAAAUUAAUUAUAAUAAGCAACAAAUAGCCAAGAAUAGGCCUCGGCGCAUAAUAAGGUUUUAAUUUAUUUUUUUUUUAGUUUCGCGUAAUCACUGUUUAAUGGACCGUCGUAAACUAAAAUUAUAGUAAUUUUGACCGAAAUAUAUUAGAAAUUUAGUUCAUACUCGUCUUUAGAAUACAGAUUUCGCUUGGAAAUUGAAUUUAGGUUCAGAAAAAUGACGCCUCAGUACUAACUUCAUUGUUUAGACGAUUUACAAAGAAAUAUAAAUACAGUAAAAUCUCGAUUAUCCGAACAUCGGUUAUCCGAAUAUUCGAUUAUCCGGACUUUUCUUCACGGCUCUAUUUUCCGAUUUAGGUAUUUUUUUUUUAUAUCGUAUUGUCUAAACGACGUAUGUAAAACAUUGUACGUAAUAAUAAAAUAUUAAAAUUCAAUUAUGUAUUGUUCGAUUUGACUAUGGAAUCGAAUAUCCGGAUUUUCGAUUAUACGGAAUACACCUGUUUUUAUUAGUUUCGGAUAAUCUGGAUUCCACUGUAUAACUUUAUAUAUUGUACCGUGUAAAGAAACCAUCUAGUUUCUUGUCGGAAUUUGGAUAUAAAUAUAAUUGAAACAUGAAAUUGUCUACGAAUUAAUUAUAAAUACAAAAAUAUUUUUAUCGUAACAAAUUUCCUUUGUAAUAAAUCAAAUAUAUUUUCUAAUAGAAUACACAUUGUAUGUUCGAAGUAAUAAUAGGUAUCUAGUAUAUGUAUGUUGUAUCAUUCCCGAGCUCCAAAUAUUGUUAGCUAAUUGUCUUAUAAUAAUGAUACACAUGUCGAGUUUAAACUCCACUGUUGAUAAAUGUAAACAUAUAGUUAGUCGGUCAUGUGAUGCGUACAAUAGAUAGGAUUUCUGAACCAUUUCUGUGUGAUACAAUGUAAAUUUUACUUAAUAAAUACUUGAAUUACUAAUCUCAAUGGUGAACUAUCAAUUGUUAACAUACUACUUUGAUUUAUUGACUAAUAAAAGCAGUUAGUUGAAUAAUAAACACAUAUUACUCAUAAAUGACAAUUGUAAAUCUUACAGCCUGUUUGAUGUAAAAUGAAUGCACCAAUUUACUGCACAACAGUUUGUAUACUUACAACAGGGUGUAUACUAGAUUUAUCUUCAUUUGACUAGACACUUUCGAAUCCAUGAAGGCUCGAACUACACUGAAAUAUAAGGAUUCAGUGUGAAAUUUUAUUUUUAUGUAUGCUUAUAAAAUCUAUGGACCUGCUUAGGCCGCCAUCUUGUCUGAAAUACGGCCAAUUUUUUUUUUAUACUGGACCAUAGAAUAUGUAUUACUGUGCGGUAUGGUAUGGUAUGGUAAGGAAUGAUAUUGGAAUCGAAGAGUUUUUGUAAAUAUUUUUUUAAUGAAAAUUGAAAAUUAUAGGAAAUUUUUUAAAUUUAUUGAAGAUUUUUGCAAGAAAUGAUAGUGUAAGUACCAUAUAAAGUUGGUGGUGUUUGUAGCGUGAGCAAUUCUAUGUGACUUCAGAUCGUUACAGUCUAGUGAGUUAUUGAAAAUACAGAAGUAACUCAAUACAUAAUUGCUUUUGUUUAUUAUAACGUAUUUCUGAACUUGUCUAUACUUUCUUAUAACUCAAAACUAGAGAAGGUUUCAAAAGUGUAUUAAAAAAUAAUGACUCUCGUGUCUCUUUUAUGGAAUCGCGGAUAUUUGAUGGCGUUUUAGUAAGAACAAAUUGAUCUAUGUCAGGUAUAUUUUAUCAUGCAUGCGGUAACGAAAACAUGUAUAUCGACUGAUUCAGAUAAAUACGUAUAUUUUUAAUAGACGAUAAUGGAAUGGUAACCCCGCCCGCGCUAACGGUUUACGCUGGCGGGGCACCAGUGAGGGGUGACAGGUGAGAAUGAAAAAGGCAAGUCAGUUAGCUCAUCGUGAUAAAUACACUUGGAAUUCUAUGGUUUUCAGGGGGGACCACGGGAAGAUCGAUCUGGGGUAUAUUGCUAGCAAUAGGGCCUUCAGUCUCCAUUAUUAACCCCCCCCCCCCCUGUUAAUUUCAACAGCGUAAAGUACCAAUAUGUAUUGUUCAAUUAAUACGCGUCUAGAUUCGCGAUUCCAUAAGCUAGGCCUUAGCGUGUAAGCGAGCGAUGAAUCAUAUCGCUUGCUUACCGCUUAAACCGCUUGCAACGCUCGUCUAACCAUCCCAAGUGCGUACGAAGCCGUUAGAAUUUAAAUAACGUAUCUAUGGUACGACUACACUGCUGAUGUCAUAGAGAACCUAAGAACAAGGAAUCACAUAGAAGGAAUGAUAAAAUAAAAACUGUAAAUCAUAUCGUUGCCUCCUUUCUUCUUAUGCAAAUAUAAUUAGUAAAAAGAGAACGACAGAUACACUAUCAGUUGUCAUUCUUCUCGAUUCAUAGCAGGCUGGUGUAUAAAAAAUGUUUGAUAUGUCAAUUAUUUGUCAACAACAAAUUUUACAUUGCUAGAUUAUAUAUUGGACACAGUUUAUGUAGAAAGUAUGCAAGCAAGUUGUACUGAAUUUGGUAGGGUUAUACGGCCAAUAAAACCUACUGAAAACUAGUCCCGAGAAAAAAUGUAACUGAUAGUAUAUCUCACGUCCUCUUUUUUCUAAUAAUAUUAGCAUAAGAAGGAAAGGGACAACCAUAUGAUUUACUGUUUAUAUUUUAUAACUCCUAUGUAAUUCCUUGUUCUUAGUAGAGAACGGAUGCGAUUGUGUUCCAUAAAGUAAGAUUGAUAAUGUAAAUAGUGUUAAUGUAGUUUUUGAUGUAUGUAUAUUGAGCCGGCGCGCUCUCAUAGUGUAAUGAGAUCGAGGGAGGUCGACGUCGCCUUAAAAUAUAUAAUUUUAUUUGUAUAAUAAACUUAAUUUGACAAUAUAUUGACUAUUAAGUUAUAAAAACACAUUUGUUUUUUUAUAUUCUUACAACUGUAUAUCAAAUAUAUUAUCAAAGUAGUUAUAACUUGGGUGUAGACGUGCCCAUAACUGUAUACUUUGGAAUACAAGAGGUCCAGGGCUUUUUUUUAUUAUUCUUUUUUUAAAUAAUGGUCGAAAAUUUAUUAUAGGAUUGAAGUCCUAACGUUUUUUAUAAAUUUAUAAUUGCGUUCCAUUAUUUUUUUUUGUCUUUUUUUUGUUGUGUUUUUACAUUUCGCUUGCAUAUUCCAUGUCCCAGAUUAAUAUCCAAUUAAUGACAUAGUCAAACUAUGACUACUGUCAUUAUUUUAUUUAUUUUGAUCAAACUAACAUUUUUAUUUGGUAACCUUUUGUAUACUUUAGGAUACAUUACGGGGUCAAUAGCAAUCAUUUCUUUUUUUUUUUUUAUUAUAAUUACGAGAAAAUAAAGGUGUGGCUUCAUCAACAGCUAAAGUGUAAUGUAAUUUCUCAGAAAAUACAAUUAUGUAAGUCUUCUUAGGUUAGUGGAAAACGAAUAGAUACAUUGUGGCUGCCUGUGCAAAAGGUAGAAUAGGACAGCAAUAUCUUGUGCUGUAUUUCCUCUCAUGCGAGCGUUAAUGUAGACAUAUCUAUCCAGUACAUUCGUUUGCCAUUUGCCUACAAAGACAGUGUAUCACAGAAACAUGUUACAUGUAAUGUAAUAUUGUUUGAUAAUGCUGGUCAAGACGCACCUUUAUAUUAUUUAUAUGUUACAUUAGAACGAACGCCUUAUACAGAGAUCGAAAUACAGUUGCUUUUAAAUUAUUGUUUUUUUUUUUAGCAAGCUUUAUGACAAAUUGAAGUGUGACAAUACUGAACAAUCGGCUGGUGCGACUGUGUUCAGGUUAACGGACGGAGCUCGCCACCCCGUCCAGCCAUGCGAUGUAGUCCAAUUCGUUUUAAUUUAAUUACAUUUGGAAUGUUAUUAGUGAUAAGAAAUUUUCAUAAGCGCGGUUGGUUUUUGUCGAUUGGAAAUUAACAUGUUGUUUACAACAUUGGGAGUCUAUUGUGAGGCGCUAUUGUCUAAAUCUAUCUUCAAAAUUGAUAUUUUAAUUUGGUACGUUUCGUGGAAGUAACAUUUUAUGCGACACUCAUACUUUCUGUCUUAUCUCAAUGUCCUUUCAAAGGUUGUCUGUAAGAGAUUGCUUAGCGAUAAGGCAGCCUUUUGUAUCACUUCUCAUUAAUAUUUACUGUAUUUAUUAAUUUUAUUAUAGCUGCAAUAAAUUGUAAAUAAAUAUAUAAAUAAAUAUUACAAAUUAAUCCCCUUAUAAAAAGUAAAAUCCCGUACAAUCAAAUGUUAGCUAUUUCAGUAUUUUGCCUUUUAAAUUAAGAAAUUGAUAGGUUCAUAAGAAUCUUGGAUUUAUAUGGAAUAAUUUCAAAUUAAAUGUAAAAGAAAUCGUUUCUAUUAAUUUCGCUAUGGUACCAAAUGGGAGAUUUAUAUUUCGAGAUAGAUCUAUAGAGCAUGGCGUCUCAGAGUCGACCCCCUCUGUAGACCGAUUACUGUCGUGCACGUGACCUGUAAUCGUUUAUUGCAAGUACAUUAAUACCAACCGCGUUAAUUUCAAUGAAUGGCUGUAAAUGUGUAUGUUAAGUUCACGCCGACUUACGAUACAUAAUUUUGAUCUCUGCUCUGAGAUAUCGCAUCACACACGUCAAGCUCCACACGGCCCACUACGGAAAGUUGUAAGCCCUACGACGACUUAGUUUUAAAUAUUAUAUGGAUCUUCAGAUUAGAGUUGUUUGACGUGAACUAUUGUAAUACCAUUACCAUAUUACCAUUUUAAGACCUGUGUACCACAUUUCAAGCAAAUAAAUUAUUCUUAUUCUUAUUAUGUGGCAUUGAUUGUUCAUUAGUUUAAAAAAAAAAAAAAAAAAAAACAGUUUUCUGUCAAUAUGUUUAUAUAAUAUUAGUUAUAUACAAAGUUUAGGAAAUGCUUCAGAGUAGUAGGUAGGCUUUAUAAAGAAAUAAUCACAGAAUAUUCAAGAGCGUCCAAUACGUUAUUUUAUUCGGCUUUUGAGUGCUUUGUGGGAUUCUGGGCCCUUAACUUAUUCUUUACUUAAUUUUUUCUUUGUUAUUUUUAGGAUAAAAUUGUAUCAGUGAAUUUAUCUAUUGUUAUGUGUAUUUGUAGAGCUAUAAACUUUUCGACGGCCAUAUAAUUAUGUUUAAGUUAUAUAGAAUUUCCAUGGAGAGCUUAGUGGGCCGUGUAAGAGCCUCGGUUCGAUCUGAAAUAAAUGUAUAAGUGUGGUGUGUAUGAACUUGUACAGAUAUAAUUUUAAGUGUAUGUAUUCGUUUGUUCAACUAUAUUAAGGAGGUGAUCGUUGUAAAACAAUGUAUAAUUUUUAUUAUAAUUAAAUAAGUGUCGAAUUGUGCGUGAGAAACUUCAGGUAUGGUUGGACAGACUGCCAAUUAUUGUGUACCAAAUAAUAUAGAAAAUUAUAGAAAAAUAA